AGUGGUUGGGAAAGCGGAGUUCAGACGGCAGCAGCCGGAGCGCGGAGCGGAUGCGGCCAGUGCGUGGAGCAGCAGCAGCAGCAGCAGCAGCAGCAACACGAAUCGCGAGCCCCCGGGCGGGAGCGCGCCCGGAGUCUCCGGCUCGCCUUCGGAGGGAGUCCUGCGUAGACCGAGACAGCUCUUGGGGCAGACUGGCCACCUGAGCCCCGGGGAAUAGACUUCCCCUCUCCUGGGAGGCGGGGACGGGAUACCGUCUCGCCCUUAGCCGCCUCUUGUUCCGACCCCCUACAUCACCAGCACCGCCGCCCCCAGCCGACCUCUCAGAGGGGCUCGGCACUCGAAAAGAAGGACGUUGUAAACCAUCCCGGUGAUUGCAUAAAGCUGGAGGAUUUCUUCCUUCCAAGUUGCAACGAAUCUCUUCGUGCAAGUUCUUUUUUUCAGAAAAAAAAAGAAACCCAAACCAAGCCAGCCAGCAGCUUGCCAGACUUGGCCCCAUCCUCUUCUUUCCAGCGUUCCUUUGGGUAGUUGAGAAGCCGGUGGGUACGCGGACUUCACUUGCCUUCCCCGGUCUCUCACUUGCCCUACAGCAGCAAGCGUGUUUGAAUAACUCUUAAGUUAGGAUCUCUUCGUUUUGUCUCUGUCUCUUGUCUCUCCUCACGCUGUGGAAGAAGGGCACCCCCCUCCCAGCCACCCCCACCAGUAUCACUACUUCGUUUUUGAUCUUACUGUUUUUCGUCCUAGACGAUCUCCUCCGUACCCGUACCCAUGUAAUAAUUCAUUCCAAGAUUCUGAGCAGAACAAGGAUUUUCCUUUUCUUUACCCACCUCAUGGUGCGCUUUUGGGUCUGACUUGAAGGCAACGGAAAGGAACGGCAUGGCUGAGGAGCAGCUUUAGACGGAGAUUCUCUUGCUCACACAAGGAAUUCAAGUUCUUCUUAGUGUUCGGUUGGACAACUCCUUAGCCAUUCUGGAGAUGGACUUGCUUUCCAGCACCUACCUCUUGGCAGCCUUAUUAACCUGUAUCGUGUUUCAGUCCGGUGCCCAGGAGAAGAAUUAUACGGUGCGGGAGGAGUUGCCAGAAAAUGUCCUAAUUGGCAAUUUGCUUAAGGACCUCAACUUGACUCUGGACCCUGAUGUGCCCCUUUCGUCACCCCUGCAGUUCAAGCUUGUGUAUAAGACUGGGGAUGUUCCGCUGGUGCACGUGGAGGAGAAUACUGGAGAAAUAUUCACCACUGCCAACCGCAUUGACCGGGAGAAACUCUGCUCUGGCAUUUUUAGUGAGAACCGCUGUUUCUAUGAGGUGGAAGUUGCUGUCCUGCCCGAUGAAGUUUUCCGACUGGUCAAGAUCAGGUUCCUGAUUGAGGAUAUAAAUGACAAUGCCCCUCUUUUUCCAUCAACGGUCAUCAAUAUCUCUAUCCCUGAGAACACAGCCAUCAAUUCCCGGUAUUCUGUCCCAUCUGCUCUUGAUCCUGACAUUGGAGUCAACGGCAUCCAGCACUAUGAACUCCUUAAGCCUAAAACAGCUCCGAAAAGGACCUUUGGAUCCAUUACAAAUGAACAGGGUCAAAAUGUAUUUGGACUUGAUAUAAUUGAGACGCCGGAGGGGGACAAGUGGCCCCAGUUGAUAGUACAGCAGGUCCUUGACAGGGAGCAGAAGGAUACCUAUGUGAUGAAAAUUAAAGUGGAAGAUGGCGGCAACCCUCCACGAUCCAGCACUGCUAUUCUCCAAGUAACAGUCACUGAUGUGAAUGACAACCGCCCAGUGUUCAAGGAGAAUGAUAUUGAAGUCAGUGUUCCUGAAAGUGCCCCUGUAGGCACCUCUGUCUCUCAGCUUCAUGCUACUGAUGCCGAUCUGGGCUCAAAUGCCCAGAUCCACUUCUAUUUUAGCAGCCAAAUCACCACCUUGGCCAAAAGGCUGUUUGCCAUUGAUAACACCACAGGUCUCAUCACCAUCAAGGAACCACUGGACCGGGAGGAAUCUCCAGUACACAAGUUAACAGUCUUAGCAAGCGAUGGCAGUUCAACACCUUCAAGAGCAACAGUGACAGUGAAUGUCACAGACAUUAAUGAUAACAUCCCAUCAAUAGACACAAGGUACAUUAUCAACCCGGUGAAUGGGACUGUGCUUUUGUCAGAGAAAGCACCACUCAAUACUAAAAUUGCCCUGAUUACUGUAAUGGAUAAGGAUUCUGAGCUUAACGGCAAAGUUACCUGCUACACUGACCACGAUGUGCCAUUCAGGUUAAAGCCUGUGUUUGAUAAUCAGUUUCUGCUGGAGACAGCCACAUUCCUCGACUACGAGGCCACCCGGGAAUAUGCCAUUAAAAUAGUGGCUUCUGAUUCGGGGAAACCACCUUUGAACCAGUCUGCAAUGUUGCUCAUCAAAAUCAAGGAUGAGAAUGACAAUGCACCAGUGUUCACGCAGCCUGUCAUUGGACUGUCUAUCCCUGAGAAUAAUGCUCCUGGCACCCAGCUGACCAAGAUUAGUGCUACAGAUGCAGAUAGUGGGCGCAAUGCUGAAAUCAGCUACAUGCUGGGCUUGGACGCACCACCCAUCUUCAACCUGGACCGCCGUACAGGCAUUCUGACAGCAGUGAGAAAGCUGGACAGGGAAAAACAGGACAGAUACUCAUUCACUGUGCUGGCGAAAGAUAAUGGGAUGCCACCCUUACAGACCAAUGCUACUGUGACAGUUUCAGUCUUGGACCAGAACGACAACAGCCCUGCCUUCACCCAUAAUGAGUAUAAUUUCUAUGUACCAGAAAACCUACCCAUGUAUGGCACUGUUGGGCUGAUCACUGUGACAGACGCAGACUCCGGAGAGAACGCAGCCGUGACCUUGUCUAUAUUGAAUGGCAAAGAUAAUUUCAUUAUUGAUCCUCUCACUGGAGUCAUACGGCCUAAUAUUACCUUUGACAGGGAACAGCAAGGUUCUUAUACCUUUCAGGUGAAGGCUGUGGAUGGAGGGAGGCUGCAACGCUCAUCAACUGCCAAGGUGACCAUCAAUGUGGUUGAUGUGAAUGACAACAGGCCUGUUUUUGUCAUGCCUUCAUCUAACUACUCGUAUGACUUGGUUCCAAUAACCACCAGCCCGGGCUCUGUAGUCACAAAGGUGUUUGCCAUUGACAAUGAUACAGGGAUGAAUGCAGAGCUUCGCUAUAGCAUUAUUGGUGGGAAUUCACGGGGAUUGUUUAUGAUUGACCAGUUAACAGGCAAUGUUACUUUGAAAGAGAAGGUCAUAUCGGCAGAUCAUGGGUUACACAGGCUGGUUAUCAAAGUCAAUGAUUUAGGACAGCCUGAGUCACUAUAUACUAUAGCACUGGUGCAUUUAUUUGUGAAUGAAACUGUCACCAAUGGAUCCUAUGUCCAAGAGUUAGUGCGCCGAAACAUGGAAACUCCAGUUGGCCAAAACGUUGGGGAUGGUGAGAUAACUCCACAGACAAACGACUAUGUCAAGAUCAUAAUUGCUAUCAUUGCUGGUACCAUGACAGUAAUACUGGUCAUCUUUGUGACUGCCCUGGUGCGAUGCCGUCAAACACCCAGGCACAAGGUUGUCCAGAAAAGCAAGCAGAGUGGUGAGUGGGUUUCUCCAAACCAAGAAAACCGUCAGAUCAAGAAAAAGAAGAAGAAGAAGAAGCGCUCUCCCAAAAGCCUUCUUCUCAACUUUGUGACCAUCGAAGAAUCUAAGCCUGAUGAUCCUGGCCAUGAACAUAUCAAUGGCACUCUGGACAUUCCCGUGGAGCUGGAAGAACAGACUAUGGGAAAAUAUAACUGGGCCACCACACCAACAACCUUUAAGCCUGACAGCCCAGAUUUAGCAAAGCACUACAAGUCUGCCUCGCCACAGCCCACUUUCCAAAUAAAACCCGAGACUCCAGUGGCACCGAAGAAGCACCAUGUCAUUCAGGAACUGCCUCUGGAUAACACCUUCGUUGUGGGCUGCGAUUCACUCUCUAAGUGCUCCUCCAGCAGCUCAGACCCUUACAGUGUCUCUGAAUGCAGCUGUCAAGGAGGUUUCAAGACUCCAGGCUCCAUCCACAACAGACAGCUCUGAACGUCUUCGCAUCAGCUGUUAAGUACUGAAGUCGUAUACACAAUGAUGUUAAGCCAGCAAACAUGGAAAUAUGGGAAUAGCACGAGAAAGCCCUUUGUCCUCUCUCCCUGAUUGCUGAAGAAUUUUAUCGUCUGAUCUCCAGAGGGGUUUUCGAAGUGGCGGUGAACUGUUCAAGCUGCCCUACUGAAAGGUAUUCAGGGCAAGAACGCUAAGACAGAAAAGGAAAGAAAAGAAAGACAAAGAGAGACUUGAGAACAUUGUGCUAUAAGUGUUCGAUAAUGUAGGGGUUUUCCCUAAGGCAAAAUAAGUGAUAUUAACCAUCACUGGGUGUGAAUGGUGGUAACUAUAUAAGAUAAAUCUUUUUAUUCUCUUAUGUUGCUGAUAGCCACUUUGUCCUUAACGGACUAAUGCCCUUAACUUAUUUAUGCUGAGGAUAUAUGUUGUCCAUGCUCCCCUCCCUUAUAGCAGGGAUGGGGAACCUGUUCCUUUCCAGGUGUUGCUGGACUGCAACUCCCAUCAGCCCCACCCAGCAUGCCCAGUGGUUAGGGAUGGUGGGUUGCAUAGUCCAGCAACACCGAAUAGCCACAGGUUCCCCAAUCCCACCUUAUGCCUUCUCUCCCAUAUACAUGAUGAUAAAGGAGCAAUAACUUUUAGGCAUAUACAUCCCAAAAAAGAAAAAAGACAAAGUAAAAUUAUCUAUACUCCCUGCAUUUCUUGGUAAAAUGCUUUGUCUCAUAUGCUCCAGAAUGAGAAAUUAUUGUUGGUUUAUUUUUUAUUUUUUUGGGUGGGGGGGAGGGGGGUUGUUGUAAGAAAUACUUUUUUCCGCUAUGCAGGAUAGCCAGAUAUGAGCAUUUUACAGUGCUUUGUCGAUCUUAAAAUGCCAAAUGGCUCUUUCCACUGGCUUAACAGGCUAUCAAUCCUCAGCAUAGUGGAAAGUCAGCUGCUAAUGCAUUUUCUCCAUGACACACAUCAUGGAGAAUGUGACGGACGGUUCCAUGUGCAGCAGGGGUAGGAAACAUGGGGACCUCCAAAUAUUGCUGGACUCCAAUUCCCAUCAGCUCCAGCCAGUAGCGUCAAUGGUCAAGGAUGAUGGGAGUUAUAGUCCACCACAAUGGGUACCCUUGCUGUACAUGGAACACCCACCUCCACAUGUUGCAUCCAUGGGGUGGGGGAGAGUUGUAUAUCUGCUCCUCUAUCAUAGGUCCACUAGGCCUCCAAGCCUAAACAUGUGGAAUGGGAAGUAAGUCCCAUUGAUUUCAAUAGGACUUACAUCUGAGUAAACAUGCAUAGGAUUGUGCUGCAUGUUGUAUGAACUGGACCCAAGAGAGGGUGUACCUCGUACUUGCAAUUCCGUAUAGAUAUAUGUAUAGUAUACACUUGUAGCCAGCCUCUCUCAUUCUUUUUUUUAUUAUUCUAACUGUUAAGCUUUUCGAUGAAAGCUUAUUUUAUAUUAUGCUGGCUAGCAUUUUUAAGAGUACCUACUUAGGCACAAUUUAGAUGGCACGCCCUUCCCCAAUAUUUAAGCAAAAGGUCUUGCAUUUAGUGUGAUUUAAAAAAAUAAAUAAAUCAAAACCUUAACUACCACUAGUACAAAUAAAUAAUAAUACUGCUGCCUAGCAUUAAAAUGGCUGCCUUUUUAGGCAAUUUGGCAAGAUCACUGAAUUUAUCUUUGGUUAGCAUAAGAUGUAACAUUUUCAUUUUUUGGUUGUUGCUUAUUACAUGUUUAAAAUGUGUACUAUGCCUAUCACAGUUUGCAUUAAUGUGUUGCAUUAAUGUGUUGCAUUGUAUCAUCCUUGGGCAAUAAUGUAAAAGAAUGUACACUUCAUGUAACAGUGUUUGGAUUGGUGCAGGAUUCAUUGAGCACAGUCCACCUAGAACUUUGACUGUGGAUAUCCCACUGAAAAGUAGGAUUCUACAAGAGCACAGAAAUGGUUCUAUUAUCUUCAAAUGUUUUGAACAAUAUUCCUACUGGAUUGCACUCAGUGCUUUUAAAAAAGGGGGAAGGAGUAAAAAGGAAAAAAAGAACUGGAUUUUUUUUGUCGUUGUAUGAAUGCUAAUAUAAAAUUGGAUAGCUAGAUGGCAGGGGAAGGGGGAAGAGGUAUCUGUCCCAAUCACAUAUUAAUUGUGCGCCUAGAUCAACAAGAAAUUGCUCCACGGGAAGCACUUUUGCACAAGAAAAGCAAAUGUAGAAGUGCCACGUGCUUCCACAUUUUAAACACGUGUCUCUUGAAAAAAAGAAAUGCAUAAGCUCCAUAAAAUUUAAAUCUUUUAUAUUUGCCUGGAGCCCACAUUGAUUUUUUUGGACAAGUCAAUGCACAGCAAAAGCUGAGUGCUACUCUCAGUCACAUUUCUUUCUACAACAUGUUGAGUGCAGUAAUCCUGCCAGAGUUAAGCACUCUUAACACACAUUGAUUUUAAAAAGUAAAUGUUAAGCAUGUACUCUUCCUUUCAUAUAUUCAGAGUUGAAUUUAAAAAUAGAUAAAUAAAUAAAUAAAUUUGUUUACGGCCCAACAUCCAAAGAGCCUUGGAAGGUUCACAGCAUAAAAAUACAAAAUAAGAUCAUAAAAUGCAUAAUGAAACAAAAACACACCAAUAACUCCCCUCCCAAAAUCUCAUUUAAAAGGCCAUAGAAUAUUUGAUCAGCCAAAGUCCUGAGUAUAGAGAAAUGCUUUCAGGUGGUGCCUAAAAUUAUGUAAUGAAGGUGCCUGGCAGACGUUGCUGUGGAGUGCAUUCAGCAGACAAGGAGCCACUACAGAAAAGGCCCAUUCUCAUGUUGCUGCUCUCCAGGCCUCUUGUAGAGGAGGCACCCAAUGGGCUUCAAAUGAUGAUCACAGGGUUUGCGUUGUUCAUAUGGGGAGAGCCGUUUGUAAGGCUUUAUAGGUCAAAACCAGCACUUCAAAUCAGGCCCAGAAAUCAGUUGACUGUCAGUACAGUCAAGCUGGGCUACCAGCUAAAACUGAUGGAAGGCAUUCUGUGCCAUCAAGGCCACCUGAGCCUCAAGCUAACAGCAAAGGACUCAGAAGUCCCCCCACCCAAGCUAUAUACCUGCUCUUUCAGAGGGAAUGUAACCCCAUCGAGAGCAGGGCAAAUCCCAUUGAUUAAGUCUAGGGACCCACCCACUAACAGUGCUUCACUCUUCUCUGGGUUGAGCUCCAUUUGUUGGUUCUCAUUCAGUCCAUUACAGAGGCAAGACAAUGCCCAGCAUAUCCACUGCCACACCUGGAGAAGAAAAGCUGUGUUUCAUCAGCAUAUUAUUGUCAAUGUACACCAAACCUCCGACUGACCUCACUCAGCGGUUUCAUGUAGUUGUUAAACAGCAUAGGUGAUAAAAUCCCACAUUGAAAGCUCUAUGGGGCUGAAGAACACUCCCCAAGCAUCACCCUCUGGAAACAACCAUCCGAGUAGUACCAGAAGCACCACAAAGUGGUGCCACCCACCUCUAACUCAGAACAGCCACUCCAGAGGGGUACUAUGGUUGAUGGUAUCAAAAACCUCUGAGAGGUCGAGGUCAAUUAACAUUUCCCUUGUCUCUCUCCCUACAGAGGUCAUCAGACAGGGCGACCAACACAGUUUCUGUGCCAAAACCAGGCUUAAACCCCAACUGAAAUGGAACUAUAAAAUCAAUUUCCUCCAAGAGUGUAUAGAUCUAGUCCCACAGUCACUUUUCAUUUCAGAAUUUACACACCAGUAGACCUGUUCUUACUCUUUCUUGGGUCCUGUUAUCUGCACAGUGGUAAACAAUGUGAACUGCCCUGAGACCUUCAGGUAUAGGGCGGUAUAUAAAUUUCAUUCAUAAUAAUGCUAAGUUUCACUUGGCUUUUACAAUGUUCCAUGUGACUUUUCAAGCAAAGUAGGACAAAAAACAACAACCCACACACAAAUGAGUAUAUUUAUUCUGACACAGUCUGCAUGGCUUUAUUUUGAGAUUAUUUGCCACCCUAAGACAUAUUUACUAAGUGGUGUUUUUCGUUUUCUUGGAUGAUUCUCUUCUAGCAAAAUCAAUGGGUAUUAAAAGUCUCCAUCUUUGGCAGGAUUGAACCCAUGUAAAGGUGCUUCCCCUGGUUCUGAUUCUCCAGAGCAAGGGUGAGAAAGUUUUGGCUCUCCUGAUAUUGCUGAAGUGCAACUUCCAUCAUACCUGUCACUGAUGGGAGUUGUAGUUUGGCAGCAUCUGGAGAUCCAAAGGUUCUCACUAGCUGCUCCAGGGAAAUAAACUGGCAAUCCAUGGUGGAUAUUUGAGUUCCCACGUAAACAUAGCACUGGAUGCGGGUGAUGGACUUUAUGUAUGCUUGCAUAAAACAACAACACUACAACACAGUAUGCUUAACAUUUAAUUGAAAUUUUAAAAGCUAUUGAGGAUCCAUUAAGUAGGCUGCAAAACUGGAAAUCUCACAUGCUACUGUAUAUCUGAUGUAACUGUACUUUAAACAGGCUUGCAAUGUGAUCCUACUUUCUCACCUGUCAAACUGUAGAUUGUCAACAAGGACAUUUACCUCAAGUUCCCUUCACAUGUUUGCUAUCUGGCUCUUUUGAAAGGAAAUGUUCAUUUGGCUCUCUGAUCUGUAAAGUAUAAUAAAUCCUAUUUAUAAUGGUAUAUUGAAAUUUA